UGAGUCUGGCAGUGAAAAGCUCUCAGGUCCACUCAGCAGCAGCAGCAGCAGCAGUGGAGCUGGAGGACGAACAGAACCAACAGAAUAUCGAUUCUCUGCAUUCUGUCAGCUGUUAGCGCCGCUGGGAGUCUUUCAAGAGCUCGGAUUGUUUUCAGACUGAGUUGGGAAGAGUCUGAGAGAAAAAAGAUGAUCGAGCUGGGCCUCGCUGACGGCAGCCUGAUCGACGAGCUGAUGGAGCUGACGGCGCAGAGCCUCGGUCAGCUGGAGAUCCAGGAACGCUUUGACGUCAUCAAGGAGAUCGGACGAGGGAAAUACGGCAAAGUGCUGCUGGUGACGCAUCGCUUCAGAGGGACUCCUAUGGCCUUAAAAGUGAUGCCCAAAGCCUCGACUAAGCUGCAGGGCUUCCUCCGAGAGUACUGCAUCUCCCUACACCUGUCCCGCCACCCCUGCAUCGUGGGCCUCUUCGGCAUCGCCUUCCAGUCGAAUGAGCACUACUGCUUCGCCCAGGAGCUCGUCAUUGGACGGGACCUUUUCGCCGUCAUCCAGCCGAAGGUGGGCAUCCCAGAGUCUUCUGUGAAACGUUGCGUCCUCCAGAUCUCCAGCGCUCUGGAGUUCAUCCACAGCCACGGUCUGGUCCACCGAGACGUCAAACCUGAGAACAUCUUGCUGCUGGACACCCACUGCUGCCAGGUGAAGCUGGCGGACUUCGGCCUCGCCCAGAAGAGGGGAACCCUGAUCCGAUUCAUCACGGGAACUUUACCCUACAUGGCUCCAGAACUGUGCACCGUGGCCCUGCUGGAUGGCCAGAAGGAGGUGACGGCCGCCCCCCUGAGCGUGGAGCCCAGCCUGGACACCUGGGCCUUCGGCGUGGUCAUCUUCUGCAUCCUCACCGGCUACUUCCCCUGGGAGCGCUGCAUGGACUCGGACGACUUCUACCAGGAGUUCGCAGACUGGUGCAGGACGGAGGGGAGGCCCGAUGCCGAGGGGGACGUCCCCCCACUGUGGAAGAGGUUCACUCCAGAAGCUAUGGAGAUGUUUGGGAAGCUGCUGGCUCUGGAUGCUAGAAAGAGGUGCACGGUGGGUGAGGUGAGGGCGUACAUGGAGAAGGACUGGCUGAAGCAGCAGCAGGCAGGAAGUCAGGCGGACAAUCAGCCUGGUACUUAGGAACCACUAAGAUUUCUGUACAGUCAUAGUUUCUGAUGCCUCAUAUAUCAUAUCAUAUAGGCCUUAAAGUGGGCGGCAUGCCAUUUGCAGUGUCAAAGUGUCAAACCAUUUGAUGGAUGCAACAGAAACAAAAGAUGUUGCUCAAACUAGCGGUGAAAGAUGGAAGAACCAACGUCUAGGUAGGUGUGUACACUACCAUUCAAAAGUUUGGGGUCACCCAGACAAAUUCAUGUUUUCCAUGAAAACUCACACUUUUAUUCAUGUGCUAACAUAACUGCACAAGGGUUUUCUAAUCCUCAAUUAGCCUUUCAACACCAUUAGCUAACACAAUGUAGCAUUAGAACACAGGAGUGAUGGUUGCUGGAAAUGUUCCUCUGUACCUCUAUGGAGAUAUUCCAUUAAAAAUCAGCUGUUUCCAGCUGGAAUAGUCAUUUACCACAUUAACAAUGUCUACACUGGAUUUCUGAUUCAUAUUAUGUUAUCUUCAUUGGAAAAAAACAGCUUUUCUUUCAAAAAUAAAAACAUUUGUAAGUGACCCCAAACUUUUGAACGGUAGUGCAGGUAGGCAAUUUAUUAAUCCCGAGGGAAAUUCAAUCAAACCAGCAGCAUAUCAAUCAUACAGAAUAUACAAAAAUAAAUGAUAAGAGCCAAGCACACAGCAGACAUAGAGAUAUAGGAAAUAUAAAGGCUUAGUUACGUGCAGAAUGUAUAUACUAAAGCUAAAUAACUGUGCAGAUGGUGUGCAAGUGGGAAGAAAAAUAUAAACCUGUGCAAUUAGCAAUGUACAAAAAACCAAAGAUGUACAUUUAUUUACAUAACAGAAGGCUUCUGUAGCAUCUUUGAUUGUGUAUUUUGAAGUGCCACCCCUCCUCCAACACCUCCUACUAUCGUCAUCCCCACUCUUGCCCCGACAGGUCGAGGCAGAUGUCAGCCUUCCCUGAGCCUGGUUCUGUUGGAAGUUUUUUUUUCCCCAUACCUGUUCUUCGUUUUGUUUUGGGAUUUUUUUCAUCCCUUCCCACCGCUGCUCAUAGGGAGUUGUUGGGUUUUCUAUUCUCUGGUAUGAGUUAUAAACAGAGAGCUGGUCUGUUCUCUGCUUAUAACUCAUAAGGUCUGUACCUUACUAUGCUAAGGUCUGUGAGGUGACAUAUGUUGUGACAUGUUGUGUUAUAUGAAUACAAUUUAACUGAAAAAGUUUUAGAUAACAUACUGUCGUGUUUUUGUUGGAGACUGGACUUUCUGACAGAAAGAUGAAGAGUCUCCAGUCAGUCAAGGGUUUGUUUUUGUAAAGAUGGAACCUUUUAACAGUCUAUUAAGCAAGUAAAAGUUCUCUGUAAUCUGUAAGAAUGGACACAACGAUGACUAAUCUACUACUAUUACUAUUAAUAUUAAGAAACAAAUGCAUACAAAACAUGAAAAUUAUGAAUGAAUAGACACAAAUUUUAGCUAAACUUUUGGACUCUUACUUUCGAUGGUUUUUGACUUUUUCUAGAAAAAGUUCAGAUUUUGCGGACAUUUGAGUCUUUUUUCUGAUCUUUUGAUGUCUUUUGCUCUGGACAGCGUUAAAUUCAAACCUUUAACAUUUAAACUGACAACUAUCCUCGAUUUUAAUUUUGUAGACGGCCGAAGAUUUCUUACUUCUCUUUCUUUGAGUUUAUUUUUAGCAGUCGGAAAACAGCUGGAUUUGUUUCUAGCUUCUUCUACUCUCAUUUACUACAGCCAUGUAGCCGACAGCGCCACCUUCUGGCAACACUAUGCAGCCUUGUUCCAACGUACUUAAUGGAAGAAUUUAGCAUUUUUUUGCCACUUAAAUGGAAACGCAGCUAAUGUACCACUUAAAGUAUUGUCCAAAAUGUACUUAAAGUGAUUCUUAUGCUACCGAUGUAAUGUUAUGUAUUGCAUUGAUAGAUAAAUACUGAUGGUUUAAUAUGUCGUGAGCACUAUUUUACUGUUGUAAUUUCUCAAAAUGAAGAUGAGAUGAAUGGGAUUUUUUCAGUCUUCCUUUGUUUUACUUGUUUUAAAUGACUUUUUGCUAUGAGAAAUUCAUUUGAUGUGUAAUACAUGAUUGUAAAUCCUCCCAUGUUGUGCUGGAAUUUUAGAUUUCUGGAGCAAUUUUAGAUUCAAAAACUUUAUCAUAAGUCUGUAAAAAUUAUAUGUCUGUAUGUCGCAUAAUAAGACUAAAGCUUGUAUACGUAUGAUUACAAUCAUAAGAAAGCUUUCAUUUGUAUAAAUAAAGUUGAGAUACUUUAUUAUUAACAA